GAAACUCACCAUAACCAUCUCCGCAAUCCCUUUGCCAUGGCUGUGACGUCACCGGGGAUGGCUGCUGGCCUGAGGCAUCGCGGUUUCUGCCCGGACCUCAACAAUCGUCCUCUCUUUGAGUACUAACAAGAAACUAAUAUCCGCUGUCUGCUCGUUCAUUGGCCUCAGGCACUCCCUUGUGCAAUAGAGAUAAAACUGUCCAGUCUAUCAAAGACGCAUUCACGUACCAAGCCAAUUCAAAUCAUACGGUACCCCAUCCUGCCGAUCAUCCACCACCACCCCACAUGAGCUCCCGUCCAUCCCACCGCAGGAAAAAGGAACCCGAUCCCCCGGCGAACAUCCCAUACAUAACCCACAUCCAUGAGUGAACUGCAGAAAUCCUUUGCCAAAGCAAAGCUGGCCAAGCUACCCCCCGAGGCCCCACCGAUCCCCAUGCACCCCCGCGACGAAGAUGAUUCCGAGUCCGCCUCGUCGACGGGGACGGUGGUUCCCUCGCCCAGCCGGCAGCUAUUCGCCAGAUCGCGGGGAUCCAAUUCCACCGAAACCCUGAACUGGUCCGACUUCUUCACCCAGGAACUCUUCCUCGUCCAGGAGACGGACUCCGCCCGCAUAACGCACCAUGUCUACCUGACACCGCCGACGAACUCGGGCCCGCUAUUCGUCAUGCACCACGGCGCCGGAUCAUCGGGUCUCUCCUUCGCGACCUGCGCCGAGGAAAUCCGGAAGAUCCUCCCCAAAGCGGGGAUCCUCUCUCUCGAUGCGCGGGAUCACGGCCAAACAACAACAGUCUCGGGGAGCGGAGACAACACCAUUGAGCUAGAUUUAAGUCUGGAAACGUUGAAUCGGGACCUGGUAUUCGUUGUCCGCGAGACACAGUCGAAGAUGGACUGGGAGAGUCUACCUGACAUCAUCCUGGUAGGACACAGCUUAGGCGGAGCGGUCGUCACCGACGUAGCGAAGAAGGGCGAGCUAGGGCCGAAGGUGCUGGCUUAUGCGGUCUUGGAUGUGGUCGAAGGUUCAGCAAUGGACGCUCUCCAAAGUAUGGAGAAGUACCUCUCUACACGGCCCUCUAGGUUCCCCUCUCUUCCAUCGGGCAUCGAAUGGCACACUCGCUCCCGCACAAUCCGCAACCGAACCUCCGCCCGAGUCUCCGUACCCUCCCUCCUGUACGAAGAAACCGCGCCAACCGACCCCUCUAAACCAUGGGUCUGGCGAACCAACCUAGCAGAAACCAAACCCUUCUGGGAGAACUGGUUCGUCGGCCUAAGUAAAAAGUUCCUCGAAGCGCGCGGGGGCAAACUACUUCUCCUAGCUGGAACAGAUCGACUGGAUAAAGAAUUGAUGAUUGGACAAAUGCAAGGUAAAUACCAGCUUCAGGUCUUCCCGGAAGCGGGCCACUUCAUACAGGAGGAUCAGCCGGUCAAGACGGCUCAGGUUCUGGUAGACUUUUACAAGAGGAAUGAUAGAAGUGGUUUGAUCCUGCCGCCUAAGGUGGCGGAUAUGCAGGCCUCGACAGCCAUGAAGCAGGGGGCUGGGGCUGUUCCGCCCUUCCCACCGCCGUUUGGGAAGGGACAGGGCUCUUUUCAUAAACCAUAGAUGGCUGGCAUAGAUGGCAGGGUUUCGGCUGUUUGUAUCGUGUUGAUUAUUAUAUCGAUACAGCGUGCGAGUGUACAAAGAUUUUACGAAUACCAUUAGAAUAUUUAUGUUGAUGUUGAUAAGCUUAGAGCGGUAGCAUCUGUUGCUUGGUAUUAGAAUUGGAGCACUCUUUGCGACCUUGUCCACUUUAUACUGGUACACAGUCGAUUGACA